AGCAGAGGUGGGAGUCCGGGCCGCGUCCCCGUCGCUAGGGAAACCGAUACAGCUUGAGGCAGUUCGCUAUGCCGAGCGCUGAGGAGCCCGCUGCGCUCGCGGCAGAGAACGCGGACGAGGAACCCGGCGCCGACCCGCGACUGCGACUCCUGGGGGCCUGCGUGGCCCAGAUCCUGCGGCCGGCUGCGGGCGCCUGGGAGCGCUGCGCGCGGACGGCCGAGGGGGAGCAGCUGCUCCAGGCCUUCUUCGGCCGCGAUGCAGCGGAGGGGCCGCGGCCGCUGCUGGUCGUGCGGUCCGGGCCUGGGGGCCUGACGAUGCAACCCGGGCUGGACGCGGGCCCGGGGGCGGGCUCACCUCGCGCUAAAGGGCUGUUCUUCUUGCGCACUAGGCCCGAGCCUCCGGGGCCCGACAGCCUUCGCGGCGCAGUGCUCUUUGGGGACCUGCCCGCGGCGCCUCUGGAGCACCUAGCAGCGCUGUUCUCGGAGGUUGUUAUACCCGUGCUGGCCAAUGAGAAGAAUCGCCUAGACUGGCCCCACAUGGUAUGUCAGGAUGUCAGGCGGCACGCCCACAGCCUGCAGUGCGACCUCCUGGUUAUCCUUGAGCAAGUGAAGGGGAAAACUUUGCUGCCUCUCCCAGUAGGCUCAGAAAAAAUGGAGUUUGUGGAUUCCAAAAGUGAGACAGUCUCAGAUGCCAUCGAUAAGUCAGUCAUCUACGCCAUUGAGUCUGCAGUGGUCAAAUGGAGCCACCAAGUCCAGAUGGUGCUCAAGAGAGAGUCUUCCCAGCCACUCUUGCAGGGGGAGAAUCCCACCCCUAAGGUGGAGCUGGAUUUCUGGAAGAGCAGGUCUGAGGAUCUGGAAUACAUUUAUAAUCAACUGAGGAUGAUAAAAGCGAGGGGCAUGGCUGGGCUCCUGGACAAGCUUCAGAGCAGCUACUUCCCAGCUUUCAAAGCCAUGUUCAGAAAUGUCGUAGCAGCUCUGGCAGAGGCUCAGGCUGUCCAUGUGCACCUGGUACCACUCCAGCGCCACCUGGAAACCCUCGAGAAUGCAGAGUUUCCAGAGGUGAAGCCCCGGCUGCAGCCUCUGCUCCACGUCAUCUGUCUGAUCUGGGCCACGUGCAAGUUCUACCGCUCCCCAGGGAGGCUUACCGUGCUGCUUCAGGAGAUUUGCAACCUUCUCAUCCAGCAGGCCACUAAUUAUCUCAGCCCAGAAGACUUCCUGAGAAGUGAGGUGGAAGAAAGUCAGAACAAACUGCAAGUGGUCUUGGACACCUUGAGCUUCUUCAAGCAGGUGUUUCAAGACAGAAGGGAGAAUCUCCACACUUACUUCAAAGAGAACCAGGAAGUCAAGGAGUGGGAUUUCCAGUCUUCUCUGGUCUUUGUGCGACUGGACAGCUUCCUGGGACGACUGCACGUGGUGGGGGAUCUUCUGAAGACAGCCUUGGAUUUCCACAAACUGGGAAAGCUGGAGUUUAGUGGCCUCCGAGGGAAUGCCCUGAGCCAGCAGGUCCAGACAAUGUACGAGGAAUUUCAAGAGAUGUACAGGGUCUUCGCAGAGUCCUCCGAUGACUGCCUGGACCUCCAAAGCAUGGACUUUGAAAAUGGCAUUUCCGAAUUUAACCGGAGAGUGGAAGAUCUUGACCAAAGAUUGGGGACGAUCUUUAUCCAAGCUUUUGACGAUACGCCUGGUUUGGAGCACGCUUUUAAGCUGCUGGACAUAGCAGGAAACCUCCUCGAAAGACCACUGGUAGCAAGGGAUGCAUCUGAUAAAUACCUGGUCCUUCUCCGAAUGUUCAGCAAAGAGCUGGAUGCGGUGAGGAUGAUCUACAGUCAGCAUGUCCAGGAGGAGAUAGAACUUGGCUUCUCCCCGGUGCACAAGAACAUGCCGGCCGUGGCUGGGGGCCUCCGCUGGACGCAGGAGCUGAGGCAGCGCAUCCAGGGUCCCUUUGGCAACUUCAGACGCAUCACACACCCUUGCAUGGAAUCUGCCGAAGGAAGGCGAAUGAUACAAAAAUAUGAAGACAUGCUCUCAUUGCUGGAAAAGUAUGAGACAAGACUUUAUGAGGACUGGUGUCAGACGGUAUCAGAGAAGUCACAGUACAAUCUUUCCCAACCACUGCUGAAACGUGACCCAGAGACAAGGCAGAUCACUGUCAACUUUAACCCACAGCUGGUUUCAGUGCUGAAAGAAAUGAGCUAUCUUGAACCCAGAGCGAUGAAGCACAUCCCUGAGACAGCAGCAACCAUGUUCUCCUCCAGGGAAUUCUACUGGCAGCUUGUGGCUAAUUUGGAGUUGAUGGCAAAUUGGUACAACAAGGUUAUGAGAAGUCUGCUAGAGGUGGAAUUUGCAUUAGUGGAGGAAGAGCUGCAAAAUAUUGAUCUCCGCCUGAAAGCAGCAGAGGAGACUCUGAACUGGAAAACAGAAGGCAUUUGGGAUUAUAUCAUUCAGCUCACCAGUAGUAUUCAUGAUCUUGAACAAAGAAUUCAGAAAACUAAAGACAAUGUGGAAGAGAUUCAAAGCAUCAUGAAAACAUGGGUGGCUCCAAUAUUGAAGAGAAAAGAUGGAAAAAAGGAAUGCCUUCUUUCUCUGGAUGAUCAGCAUGAUCGAAUGCAAAAAUAUUACAAUCUCAUCAGAGAAUCUGGCCUUAAGAUUCAUGCCCUUGUACAGGAAAAUCUGGGUCUAUUUUCAGCAGACUCAACCUCCAAUAUCUGGAAGACUUAUGUUAACUAUAUUGACGAUAUGUUGCUGGAUGGAUUCUUUCUUGCCAUUGAGUUCUCCCUCAAGUACCUCUUGGAAAACACUGAGUGUAAGGCAGGACUCACCCCAAUAUUUGAAGCAAAACUGAGCCUUGCUAUCCCAGAAUUAGUUUUCUAUCCAUCUCUGGAUUCCGGAGUGAACGGGGGCCUCUAUGACAUCGUUGAGGGUCUUGUAACUAGCAUUUUUGGGAUAGCAUCUCUUGUGCCCCGGCUUUCCCCACAAAAUGGCUCACCUCACUAUCAGGUGGACGUGGAGGGCAUGGCCCACUUGGCAAACAUGCGGAGCCUGCUCAUGGAGAGGGUGCGGGCCAUGAUGGCCCUGUGCUGUGGCUAUCGGAACACCUUCAGCCAGUAUUCCUACCUGUAUGUGGAGGACCGCAAGGAGAUCCUGGGUCAGUUUCUGCUGUACGGGCAUGUCCUUACCCCUGAGGAGAUCGAAGCCCAUGAGGAAGAUGGCAUCCCAGAGAAUCCACCCCUCCUCCCUCAGUUUAAAGUUCAAAUCGACUCCUAUGAAAAGCUCUAUGAAGAGGUGUGCAGGCUGGAGCCUGUCAAGGUGUUUGAAAGCUGGAUGAAAAUUGAUAUUCGACCCUUCAAAGCAUCUCUGCUGAAUAUAAUUAAGAGGUGGAGCCUCACAUUCAAACAGCACCUCGUGGACCACGUCACUAACAGCUUGGCCGACCUCGAAGUGUUUAUAAAGAACAGUGAGAACGGCUUGCUCAAAAAAGUUGAAAAAGGAGAUUUCAGAGGAUUGGUUGAGAUUAUGGGACACCUUAUGGCUGUUAAAGAACGGCAGAGCAGCACUGAUGAGAUGUUUGAGCCCUUAAAGCACACGAUUGAAUUACUGAAGACCUAUGAACAAGAACUGCCAGAUACAGUGUUCAAGCAGCUGGAGGAACUGCCCGAGAAAUGGAACAACAUAAAAAAGAUGGCCAUUACCGUGAGGCAGCAGGUGGCCCCACUGCAGGCAAAUGAAGUGACCGUCCUCCGCCAGAGGUGCACAGCCUUCGAAGCCGAACAGCAGCAUUUCUGGGAGCGGUUCCGCAAAGAAGCCCCCUUCAGGUUUGACAGCAUCAACCCUCAUCAAAUGCUGGAUGCUAGGCACAUUGAGAUCCAGCAGAUGGAAUCCACCAUGGCCUCCAUCUCCGAGUCUGCCAGCUUAUUUGAAGUCAACGUUCCUGACUACAAGCAGCUGAGACAGUGCAGGAAGGAGGUGUGCCAGCUGAAGGAGCUCUGGGACACCAUUGGAAUGGUGACCUCCAGCAUCCAUGCCUGGGAGACCACCACCUGGAAGGACAUCAAUGUGGAAGCCAUGGACUUAGAGUGCAAGCGAUUUGCCCGGCACAUCCGGAACCUGGACAAGGAGGUCGUGGCCUGGGAUGCAUUCACAGGCCUGGAAAGCACUGUGCUGAACACCCUGGUCUCCCUGAGGGCAGUCGCCGAGCUGCAGAAUCCAGCCAUCCGGGAGCGGCACUGGAGGCAGCUGAUGCAGGCCACUGGUGUGAACUUCACCAUGGACAAAGACACCACCCUGGCGCACCUCUUGCAGCUCCAGCUGCACCGCUUUGAGGACGAGGUCCGGGGCAUCGUGGACAAAGCCGUGAAAGAGAUGGGUAUGGAAAAAACCUUAAAGGAGCUACAGACCACCUGGGCUGGCAUGGAAUUCCAGUACGAACCCCACCAGAGGACCAAUGUUCCCCUGCUGCGGUCUGACGAGGACCUCAUAGAAGUUCUGGAGGAUAAUCAAGUUCAGCUUCAGAACCUGAUGAUGUCCAAGUAUGUUGCUUUCUUCCUAGAGGAAGUGUCAGGCUGGCAGAAGAAGCUGUCCACAGCUGACGCCGUCAUCUCCAUCUGGUGUGAGGUGCAGCGCACGUGGACCCACCUGGAGAGCAUAUUCAUAGGAUCGGAAGAUAUCCGGGCUCAGCUACCCCAGGAUUCGGAAAGGUUCGAAGGCAUUGACGUUGACUUUAAAGAGCUAGUAUAUGAUGCUCAGAAAACUCCAAAUGUCGUGGAAGCCACCAACAAAUCAGGUCUUUAUGAAAAACUGGAGGAUAUUCAAAGCAGGUUGUGCCUGUGCGAGAAGGCCCUGGCGGAGUACCUGGAUACCAAGAGGCUUGCCUUCCCUCGGUUUUACUUUCUCUCCUCUUCCGAUUUGUUAGACAUCCUUUCCAACAGCACAGCCCCGCAGCAGGUGCAACGUCACCUUCCCAAACUCUUCGACAACAUGGCCAAGAUGCAGUUCCAGCUAGAUGCCGGGGAGAAGCCAACCAAGACAAGUCUCGGCAUGUACAGCAAAGAGGAAGAGUACGUGGCCUUCAGUGAACCCUGUGACUGCAGCGGGCAGGUGGAAACAUGGCUGAACCACGUGCUUGCUCACAUGAAGGCUACUGUGAGGCACGAGAUGACCGAAGGUGUGGCUGCCUAUGAAGAAAAGCCAAGAGAGCAGUGGCUCUUUGACUACCCAGCUCAGGUGGCCCUGACCUGCACUCAGAUCUGGUGGACGACAGAAGUGGGCAUUGCAUUUGCCAGGCUGGAGGAAGGCUAUGAGAAUGCCCUGAAGGACUAUUACAAGAAGCAAGUGGCCCAGCUCAAAACCCUCAUCACCAUGCUGAUUGGCCAGCUCUCCAAGGGGGACCGGCAAAAGAUCAUGACCAUAUGCACCAUCGAUGUGCAUGCUCGGGAUGUGGUGGCCAAGAUGAUUACUCAGAAGGUAGACAAUGCCCAGGCUUUCCUCUGGCUGUCCCAGUUGCGCCAUCGUUGGGAUGACGAGGUCAAACACUGCUUUGCCAACAUCUGCGAUGCCCAGUUUCUGUAUUCCUAUGAGUACCUGGGAAAUACGCCUCGUCUGGUGAUCACACCUUUGACUGACAGGUGCUACAUCACCCUCACCCAGUCUCUGCACCUGACCAUGAGUGGGGCUCCAGCAGGACCUGCAGGCACAGGCAAGACCGAGACCACCAAGGACCUGGGCCGCGCACUGGGUGUCAUGGUCUAUGUGUUCAACUGCUCAGAGCAGAUGGACUACAAGUCUUGCGGCAACAUCUACAAAGGCCUCGCUCAGACUGGUGCCUGGGGCUGCUUUGAUGAGUUUAAUCGCAUCUCCGUGGAGGUCUUGUCGGUGGUGGCAGUGCAGGUAAAAAGCAUUCAGGAUGCAAUCAGAGAUAAGAAGCAGCGGUUCAACUUCCUUGGGGAGGAGAUUAGCCUGAAUCCUUCUGUGGGUAUCUUCAUCACCAUGAACCCAGGCUACGCCGGCCGCACGGAGCUGCCUGAGAACCUCAAAGCUCUCUUCAGGCCUUGUGCAAUGGUUGUUCCUGACUUUGAGUUAAUCUGUGAAAUCAUGCUGGUGGCAGAAGGAUUCAUUGAAGCCCGGUUAUUAGCCAGAAAGUUCAUCACUCUUUACCAGUUGUGCAAAGAGCUUCUCUCUAAACAGGAUCACUACGACUGGGGCCUGAGGGCCAUCAAGUCCGUGCUUGUGGUGGCAGGAUCCCUGAAGCGAGGGGACCCUGGCCGGCCUGAGGACCAAGUCCUGAUGCGCGCUUUGCGAGACUUCAACAUCCCCAAGAUUGUGACCGAUGACAUGCCUGUGUUCAUGGGCCUGAUUGGGGACCUCUUUCCUUCCCUGGAUGUUCCCCGGAGAAGAGACCUCAACUUCGAAGCUUUGGUUAGGAAGGCGGUGGUGGAUCUGAAGCUCCAGCCCGAGGAGAACUUUGUGCUCAAGGUGGUCCAGCUGGAGGAGCUCCUGGCAGUGCGGCAUUCCGUGUUCGUGGUGGGCAGCGCUGGCACCGGCAAGUCACAGGUGCUGAGGUCUUUGCACAAGACCUAUCAGAUGAUGAAACGCCGCCCCGUCUGGACUGACCUCAAUCCCAAAGCAGUCACAAAUGAUGAGCUCUUUGGCAUCAUUAAUCCGGCCACACGAGAAUGGAAGGAUGGAUUGUUCUCUUCCAUCAUGCGGGAGCUUGCCAACAUCACCCAUGAUGGGCCCAAGUGGAUUCUACUGGAUGGAGACAUAGAUCCAAUGUGGAUUGAGUCUCUGAACACUGUCAUGGACGAUAACAAGGUGCUGACCUUGGCGAGCAACGAGAGGAUUCCUCUUAGCCCCACCAUGCGGCUCCUCUUCGAGAUCAGCCACCUGCGCACGGCCACCCCAGCCACUGUCUCCAGAGCAGGGAUCCUAUACAUCAACCCGGCAGACCUGGGGUGGAAUCCUCUGGUGAGCAGCUGGAUUGACAAGAGAGAGCUCCAGACGGAGAGAGCCAACCUGACCAUUCUGUUUGACAAGUACCUUCCAACCUGCUUAGACACACUCAGAACCAGAUUCAAGAAGAUCAUUCCAAUCCCAGAGCAGAGCACGGUUCAGAUGGUAUGUCACCUUUUGGAGUGUCUUCUGACCAAGGAGGACAUCCCUGUGGACUGCCCCAGGGAAAUCUAUGAGCUUUAUUUUGUGUUUGCUGCCAUCUGGGCUCUCGGCGGAGCAAUGGUCCAAGAUCAGCUUGUGGACUACCGGGCAGAGUUCAGCAAAUGGUGGCUGACGGAGUUCAAGACAGUCAAGUUUCCUUCCCAGGGGACCGUCUUUGACUAUUACAUAGACCCAGAGACCAAGAAGUUCGAGCCUUGGUCCAAGCUCACCCCCCAGUUUGAAUUUGAUCCGGAGAUACCCUUGCAGGCUUGUUUGGUGCACACGAGUGAGACCAUCCGAGUGUGCUACUUCAUGGAGCGGCUGCUGCAGCGGCGGCGGCCAGUCAUGCUGGUGGGCACCGCAGGCACCGGCAAGUCCGUACUGGUGGGCGCUAAGCUGGCCAGCCUCGACCCCGAAGAAUACCUGGUGAAAAACGUGCCGUUCAACUAUUACACCACAUCGGCAAUGCUGCAGGCUGUCCUGGAGAAGCCUCUAGAAAAGAAGGCGGGAAGAAAUUAUGGCCCUCCAGGCAACAAGAAGCUCGUCUAUUUCAUCGAUGACAUGAACAUGCCUGAGGUGGAUGCCUACGGGACAGUGCAGCCCCACACCGUCAUCAGGCAGCACCUGGACUACGGCCACUGGUAUGAUCGGAACAAGCUGUCCCUGAAGGAGAUCAUGAAUGUACAGUAUGUUUCCUGUAUGAACCCCACUGCAGGCAGCUUCACCAUCAACCCACGGCUCCAGCGUCACUUCUGCGUGUUCGUCCUCUCCUUCCCGGGAGCAGAUGCUCUGUCCUCCAUCUACAGCACCAUCCUGACUCACCAUCUGAAGCUUGGAAACUUCCCAGCAUCCCUGCAGAAAUCCAUCCCCUCGCUCAUCAGUCUGGCUCUUGCCUUCCACCAGAAAAUCACUACCACCUUCCUACCCACAGCAAUCAAAUUCCACUAUAUCUUCAACCUCAGAGAUUUUGCCAACAUUUUCCAGGGUAUUCUCUUCUGCUCAGUGGAAUGUGUGAAAUCGACACAAGACCUAGUAAAACUGUAUCUGCAUGAAUCAAAUCGAGUUUAUCGGGAUAAGAUGGUAGAAGAAAAGGACCUUGAGCUGUUUGAUAAAAUCCAGACUGAAGUACUCAAGAAAACUUUUAAUGAUAUUGAAGAGACCGUGCAGCAGGACCAGAGCCUGAACGUGUACUGCCACUUUGCGAAUGGUAUUGGGGAGCCCAAGUACAUGCCUGUGCAGUCGUGGGAGCUCUUGACCCAGACUCUGGUGGAGGCCUUGGAGAACCACAAUGAAGUCAACACGGUGAUGGACCUGGUGCUCUUUGAGGAUGCGGUGCGCCAUGUCUGCCACAUCAAUCGCAUCUUGGAGUCCCCACGGGGAAAUGCGCUGCUGGUUGGCGUAGGUGGGAGCGGCAAGCAGAGUCUGACCAGGCUUGCCGCUUUCAUCAGCUCCAUGGACGUAUUCCAGAUCACACUGCGCAAAGGCUAUCAGAUCGCCGACUUCAAGGUGGACCUGGCCAGCCUGUGUCUGAAAGCCGGGGUAAAGAACCUCCGCACAGUGUUUCUCAUGACGGACGCCCAAGUGGCUGAUGAGAGGUUCCUCGUGCUCAUCAAUGAUCUCUUGGCAUCUGGGGAGAUCCCAGAUCUCUACUCUGAUGAUGAAGUUGAAAACAUCAUAAGCAAAGUGAGGAAUGAAGUCAAGAGCCAAGGUCUGGUUGACAACAGAGAGAACUGCUGGAAGUUCUUUAUAGAUCGAGUCCGGCUACAACUGAAGGUGACUCUCUGUUUCUCUCCCGUGGGGAACAAGCUGAGGGUCCGCAGCAGGAAGUUCCCAGCCAUCGUGAACUGCACGGCCAUCGACUGGUUCCACGAGUGGCCUCAGCAAGCGCUGGAGUCUGUCAGCCUCCGCUUCAUGCAGGACACAGAGAGCGUUGAGCCCACAGUGAAGCAGUCCAUUAGCAAGUUCAUGGCCUUUGUCCACACGAGUGUCAACCAGACAUCCCAGUCUUAUCUGAGCAAUGAGCAGCGCCACAACUACACAACCCCCAAAUCCUUCCUGGAGUUCAUCAGACUCUACCAGAGCUUGUUGCGCAGGAACGGAAAAGAGCUCAAGUCCAAGACGGAGCGGCUGGAGAACGGGCUGCUGAAGCUGCACAGCACCUCUGCCCAGGUGGAUGCUCUGAAAGCCAAGCUGGCAGCCCAGGAAGCGGAGCUCAAGCAGAAGAAUGAAGACGCAGACAAACUGAUCCAGGUGGUGGGCGUGGAAACAGAUAAGGUGAGCAGAGAGAAAGCCCUCGCAGACGAGGAGGAGCAGAGGGUGGCCCUCAUGAUGCUGGAGGUGAAGCAGAAGCAGAAGGACUGUGAGGAAGACCUGGCCAAGGCCGAGCCGGCACUCACGGCAGCUCAGGCUGCUCUCAACACCCUCAACAAGACAAACCUGACGGAGCUGAAGUCGUUUGGUUCUCCUCCUCUGGCCGUCAGCAACGUCAGUGCUGCGGUGAUGGUGCUCACGGCCCCCCGGGGCAAGGUACCCAAGGACCGGAGCUGGAAGGCUGCUAAGGUCACCAUGGCCAAAGUGGAUGGCUUCCUGGACUCGCUUAUCAACUUCGACAAAGAGAACAUUCACGAGAACUGCCUCAAAGCCAUCAGACCAUACCUGCAAGACCCUGAGUUCAAUCCGGAGUUUGUGGCCACCAAGUCCUAUGCAGCCGCUGGCCUCUGCUCUUGGGUCAUCAACAUUGUGAGGUUCUACGAGGUGUUCUGUGAUGUGGAACCCAAGCGCCAAGCGCUGAGCAAAGCCACCUUGGACCUCACAGCUGCCCAGGAGAAGCUGGCAGCCAUCAAAGCCAAGAUCACUCACCUUAACGAAAACCUGGCGAAGCUCACAGCCAAGUUUGAGAAAGCGACGGCAGACAAACUCAAAUGUCAGCAAGAAGCCGAAGUGACCGCAGGCACCAUCUCCCUCGCCAACCGCCUGGUUGGAGGACUCGCUUCUGAAAACGUGAGGUGGGCAGAAGCCGUGCAGAACUUCAAACAGCAGGAAAGGACGUUAUGUGGAGACAUUUUACUUACGACAGCUUUCAUUUCCUACCUUGGCUUCUUCACAAAGAAAUACCGGCAGAGCCUCAUGGACGGCACCUGGAGACCCUACCUGAGCCAGCUGAAAGCUCCCAUCCCACUCACCCCAGCCCUGGACCCCCUGCGGAUGCUGACGGACGACGCCGACGUGGCUGCCUGGCAGAACCAGGGCCUCCCUGCGGACCGCAUGUCCAUGGAGAAUGCUGCCAUCCUCAUCAACUGCGAGCGCUGGCCGCUCAUGGUGGACCCUCAGCUGCAAGGCAUCAAAUGGAUCAAGAACAGAUACGGUGAAAACCUCCGGGUCACCCAGGUUGGUCAGAAAGGCUACCUGCAAACCAUAGAGCAUGCUCUGGACGCGGGAGACGCGGUGCUGAUUGAAAACCUGGAGGAGUCCAUUGAUCCUGUUCUGGGACCCCUGCUUGGGAGGGAAGUCAUUAAAAAAGGACGAUUCAUUAAAAUUGGAGACAAAGAAUGUGACUACAAUCCCAAGUUCCAGCUCAUCCUUCACACCAAGCUGGCCAAUCCCCACUACCAGCCUGAGCUGCAGGCCCAGGCCACUCUGAUCAACUUCACCGUGACCAGGGACGGCCUGGAGGACCAGCUACUGGCUGCCGUGGUCAGCAUGGAGAGGCCGGACCUGGAGCAGCUGAAGUCCGAUCUCACGAAACAGCAGAAUGGAUUCAAAAUCACCCUCAAAACACUGGAAGACAACCUGCUUUCUCGCCUCUCCUCAGCAUCUGGGAACUUCCUGGGAGAAACAGCCUUGGUGGAGAGCCUGGAGGCCACCAAGCAGACUGCUGCAGAGAUCGGGAAAAAGGUGCAGGAGGCCAAGGUCACCGAAGUGAAGAUCAAUGAGGCCCGGGAGCACUACCGGCCAGCUGCUGCCCGAGCAUCUCUGCUCUACUUCAUCAUGAACGACCUCAGCAAGAUCCAUCCAAUGUACCAGUUUUCUCUCAAGGCAUUCAGUAUCGUCUUCCAGAAGGCCGUGGAGAGGGCAGCUCCUGGCGAGAGCCUCCGGGAGCGGUUGACUAACCUCAUAGACAGCGUAACCUUCUCUGUGUACCGGUACACCACGCGGGGGCUCUUCGAGUGUGAUAAGCUGACCUACCUUGCCCAGCUCACCUUUCAGAUUCUCCUCAUGAACCAGGAAGUCGAUGCAGCAGAGUUGGAUUUUCUGCUUCGGUCCCCAGUGCAGACAGGCACCACCAGCCCAGUGGACUUCCUCUCCCAUCAGGCCUGGGGAGCCAUCAAGGCACUUUCAUCAAUGGAGGAAUUCUGUAACCUGGAUCGGGACAUAGAGGGAUCCGCCAAGAGCUGGAAAAAAUUCGUGGAGUCAGAAUGUCCUGAGAAGGAGAAGUUCCCACAGGAGUGGAAGAACAAGACAGCCCUACAGCGCCUCUGCAUGAUGAGAGCCAUGCGGCCUGACCGGAUGACCUAUGCCAUGCGAAAUUUUGUUGAGGAGAAAUUGGGGAGCAAAUACGUGGUGGGAAGAGCACUAGAUUUUGCUUCCUCAUUUGAAGAAUCAGGACCAGCCACGCCCAUGUUUUUUAUCCUGUCUCCAGGGGUGGACCCACUGAAGGAUGUGGAGAGUCAAGGAAAAAAACUUGGAUAUACCUUCAACAAUCGGAACUUUCACAACGUGUCUCUGGGGCAAGGACAGGAGGUAGUGGCGGAGGCUGCGCUGGACCUCGCUGCCAAGAAAGGUCACUGGGUUAUUUUGCAGAACAUCCACCUGGUGGCCAAGUGGCUCGGCACCCUGGAGAAGAAGCUGGAGGAGCACAGUGAGAACAGACACCCAGACUUCAGGGUCUUCAUCAGUGCAGAGCCGGCACCCUCCCCCGAGGGCCACAUCAUCCCGCAGGGCAUCCUGGAGAACUCCAUUAAGAUCACCAAUGAGCCCCCCACGGGCAUGCAUGCCAACCUGCACAAGGCCCUGGACAACUUCACUCAGGACACUCUGGAGAUGUGUUCCCGGGAGACGGAGUUCAAGAGCAUCCUCUUUGCUCUUUGUUACUUUCACGCGGUGGUGGCAGAAAGACGAAAAUUUGGGCCCCAGGGGUGGAAUCGCUGCUACCCCUUUAACACUGGGGACCUCACCAUCUCCGUGAAUGUUCUCUACAACUUCCUGGAAGCCAAUGCAAAGGUCCCCUACGAUGACUUGCGCUACCUGUUCGGUGAGAUCAUGUACGGAGGCCACAUCACAGAUGACUGGGACAGAAGACUCUGCAGAACCUAUCUGGAGGAAUUCGUUAAACCAGAAAUGUUAGAGGGAGAACUGACUCUGGCCCCAGGGUUCCCACUCCCAGGCAACUUGGACUACCCUGGUUACCAUCAGUACAUCGAUGCCCAGUUGCCCCCAGAGUCGCCCUACCUCUAUGGCCUGCACCCGAAUGCAGAGAUUGGCUUCCUGACCCAGACCUCGGAAAAGCUCUUCCGCACCGUGCUGGAGCUGCAGCCUCAGGACAGCCAAGCCGGAGACGGCGCAGGGGCCACAAGAGAAGAAAAGGUCAAGGCCGUGCUGGAAGAAAUACUGGAGCGGGUGACAGACGAGUUUAACAUGCCAGAGCUGACGGCCAGAGCGGAGGAGCGCACCCCCUACGUCGUGGUUGCCUUGCAGGAGUGCGCGCGGAUGAACGUCCUCACCAGAGAGAUUCAGCGCUCACUGAGGCAGCUGGACCUCGGCUUAAAGGGGGAGCUGACCAUGACCAGCGACAUGGAGAACUUACAGAAUGCCCUGUACUUAGAUACGGUGCCAGAGCCCUGGGCCAGGCGAGCCUACCCUUCCACAGCAGGCCUGGCAGCCUGGUUUCUGGAUCUCCUCAACCGAAUCAGGGAGCUGGAGGCCUGGACGGGGGACUUCGCAAUGCCCUCCACUGUGUGGCUCACAGGCUUCUUCAACCCCCAGUCCUUCCUGACCGCCAUCAUGCAGUCCAUGGCCCGCAAGAACGAGUGGCCACUGGACCAGAUGGCCCUGCAAUGUGACGUGACAAAGAAGAACAGAGAAGAGUUCAGGAGCCCUCCUCGGGAAGGGGCCUACGUCCACGGCCUCUUCAUGGAAGGUGCCCGCUGGGAUAUACAGGCUGGCACUAUUACAGAGGCAAAGCUGAAGGAUCUGACACCCCCCAUGCCUGUGAUGUUCAUCAAGGCCAUUCCUGCAGAUAAGCAGGAUCGCCACAGAGUCUACUCCUGUCCCGUGUACAAGACCAGUCAGCGGGGACCCACCUAUGUGUGGACUUUCAACCUGAAGACUAAGGAGAAUCCAUCCAAGUGGGUUCUCGCUGGAGUAGCCUUGCUUCUCCAGAUUUAGCUUCCUGCAGAGCCGCUGAAAAAACAAGGAAAGAGGCUGGGCUGGAGGCUGCCCAGAGGGACAGGUGGGUAAGGGGUGACCACAGAAGAUACUUAAAAAGAUAAGAAAUCAUGAGCACCCACACUUCUGUAGAAUUCAUCUAGGGAACAUGGAGAGGAGCGUCUGACGUGAGGCUGAGCUGGAGGAGUGCAGGCCCAGG